UAGCUAGUGGGGUUCCUUCUACCUCCACUCCACGCGCACUCGCUCGGAAGGGCAGAUCUUUGCGCGUCUGGCAGCCUCUUCCAGCUUCACGAUGCCUUGAACGGCUUCAGAUCUUGCGAAAGCCGCAAACAUGUCCGCCUUCCCCACCAAGCCUAUCGCCAAACUCACCGGCCACAAUGGCAUCGUACACGCCGUCGCAUACUCUUCUGGCUCGCAGUCAUACAUUCUGACUGGCUCCUCCGAUCGGACAGUUCGACUCUUCAACCCCCAGAAAGCCCCCACAUCCUCGGUUGCGCCUCCCGUCUCGAGCGACUACCCGCCCGGUCUCGUGAAUAAGUACAGCGCGCACGGGUACGAAGUCCUCUCCAUCGAUGUCAACACGGACAACGACAAGUUCGUCUCCACUGGCGGCGAUAAGACAGUCUUUGUGUGGGAUGUGCAGACCGCACAGACAGUGAGGCGCUUCACAGGUCACUCAGGGCGUGUCAACCGCGGUGUCUUUGGUGGAGACGGGGACAGCAUCAUCGCAACCGGGAGCUUCGAUGGCACAGUCAGGAUCUGGGAUAUGAAGUCCAACGCGUACAAACCGAUCAUGACGCUCGACGAUGCCAAGGACAGCAUUACGGAUGUUGCCAUACACGAUGCGGAGAUCCUGGCCGCGAGUGUUGACGGCAGGGUCAGAAGCUACGAUCUCAGAACGGGCAUGUGCCAGGCUGAUGUCAUCGGGUUCUCGUGCACGAGCUUGGACGUCUCAAAGAAGGGUACAGAGAUGCUAGUCAGCUCGCUGGACUCGACCGUCAGGCUCAUGGAUCGCACGAAUGGAGAGCUGUUGAAGGCGUACAAAGAUGAGAUAUUUGUCAACAAGGAUUUGAGAGUCAGAAGCACGCUCGGACUGAAUGACAGUGUUGUGCUGAGUGGCAGUGACGAUGGCAUGGUUUUUGCAUGGGAUAUCAUGGGAGAAGAAUGCAUGCAUCGUUUCAAACACUCGGAGAUGCGCGAGGUGCACGGCAAGGGACCGGCAGUACAGCCAGCCAGCAAGAAGGAGGUUGUGUCGGCUGUAGCGUUUUGCAAGACCAGAAGAGAGUGGGUCAGCGGUGGUGGAGAUGGCAAUGUGAUUGUUUGGGGAGCAUGAGAACUUCGAUAAUGACCCUGAACGAGUUGCAGAACAACAACGACACACGGCCGAGCUUCCAAUGGCGGCAUUUCAUCUCUGAAUUCGGGCUGUAUGCUGUUGACGUUCAUGAAGAUACCCAUCAAUGAGGGAGAGUUCCAAGGCAGCACCACGUCCUUCGAACUUAGC